AUGACCGUGUGUGACUGUUGCGAUGUGACCGUCAGAAGCUCAAAAGCCCGGCGAAAUGAGCCCCAUUUGCGGAGACACUGCACGGUGUUUGAGGGGGCUCCGGRGCUCGGCGGGCGCCCUGAGCCCGCGGGGCAGCGCCACAAGAUGGCGGCCGCGGCUGAGGGGGACGGGCGGCAGCCCGGGGAGGCGGCGGGGGCGCGGAGCGGCCGCACCAUGGAGCGGCGGGGGAGCGGUGGCGACGGCGACACGGACAGCGACGAGACCGUCGUGGAGGGCUCUGUGACGGAGAGUGAUGUGGAGGAAGAGGAGUUCUGUAGGAGGAGGUUGCCUUUUCUUAACAAGGAUAUUGCUUUAACUACUAAGAUAAGUAUUAAUCAAGGAGCUGCUUCUCCAGAGAUCUGUUUUAUACAGAAAUUUUGUGACCACUCAUAUUGUGAUAAGAGAGAACAUACAAAUCCAGUACUUCAAGAGGCAUGYGCAUCUGACCAGUCUCAGUCUCUACUGAAGGGUUGGAUAAACUGUUCAUCACCUACUGAAAAUAUUUCUAAGCCUGGUUUUCCAUUAAAUUCUGUGGCAGAAGAACMGCUAAAUAAUUCUGUAGAUAUCAAAUUGAAUGGAUUUCAGAAAGAUUCAGAAGAAAAGAUUUCACAAAAAUUAAAUAAUGAAGAUCACUUUUCAGAAAUAAGCCUCUGUUUAAAUGCUCCUGUGGAAGACAUAGCUCUAAAGGAACAGACAUCAGAAGGUAUGUUUCCAUAUGUUUUAGAUGGUCAUCACAGAACCUGUGUGACCAUUAUUGAUACAGAUAACACAGUAAAAGAGCGUUCCCUUAAUGAUAGAGAUCUUUCACUGUCAUCCCCAGGGAAGAUUUUCAUGGACGUGUUCAGUGAACAGAAUGUAGAGACUAGUGAAGUUGACAUCAGUGAUUUGUUGAGAUACCCUAGUGAUUCUGAGAGUCUUMAAGUUGGAAACCCAUUGCCUGACAGGUUAGAGUGUCAGGGUCAUGCCUUUUCCAUUGAUCUACCAGCAGCUGAGAGCAGUGAUGCCCUGCCAGUAGAGUUUGUGGCRCCUCUGAAGGCCUUGUCAGGAUCAAUCAUACAAGCUGCCACUCCAGUAGUGCCCAAUGAGAGACAGCUUAACACCGAGGAAGAGCAGCUAAAUUCAGAACCCAGUGCUCUGCAGCUAGAUGAUGACUGUACGCAAAUAACAAAUGUGAUGGAGCCUCAACUUGCUACAGUUCAGGCAGAAGAAAUAAGCACCUGCACAGGAUCCAACUUGCAGAACACAGCGAAUGAGCAACCUGUAGGUGACCAGCAGAGAGAGAAAGAAGUUACUUCAGAUAACUUGGGUGCCAGUUUAAAUGAAAGGCAAGCUGGUGAGGGGCAUUCACAGACAAUGGAGCCUGCAGCAUGUGCAGAAACCACCCAAACAACAUCAAGUAAAAAUCAGAAAUCUGCUUCUAAUGAUGAGGAUCUAGAAGCCAUCAUAUGGCAAGAAAUAAUGCUGAAUGAGUAUGCAGCAGCUAAGCAGAGGAGAAAGAGCACGAGACUCGACAAUAAACGCAAACGAGAAGCCUUUGGCAGGAAUUCUAUAAAUCCGACUCGCCCCCUUACACUUUCCACAAUCCACAGGAAGAAUAUGUAUGGCGAGAACUUACUGCAUAGAGCUGUUACUCAUCAAGACGUAGAUCUUGUACGUAAGAUAAUAAAAGCCGGUGGAAAUGUAAAUGCUCGGGAUUAUGCUGGCUUGACUGCGUUACAUAUAGCAAGUGUGGAAGGCUUUUAUAGAAUAGCAAAUCUGCUUUUGAAAGCAGGAGCUGAUGUUAAUGCUACACAAAAUGAACAUGUAACACCCUUGCAAGAUGCAGUUAACGAAGGCCAUUAUGAGAUGGUGAACUUAUUGCUUUGGUAUGGAGCUGAUCCCUUAUUGAAAAAUAAGAAGGGAAGGUGUGCAUUAGAAGAAGCUUCCCACCCAUCUAUUAGAAAACUUCUAGAAAGUUAUGUGGCAAAAUCCAGAAGAUAUUCAGAAACAGAUGGAGAUGAUUCAAAUAAUAUGUUAAAUACUCAAAGUGUAGCAGUUGCAAACCAGCACCAGACAGAGGAUUCAGAACCAGCAUGUGCAAAUACUCAGAAGACAGGCCAGAAGGCAAAGGCAGCCUCAUAUGCCAGSAGCAGCACCAACAAGCUUUCAUCUAAUCAAUCACAAUUGAACCAAGCAUCAGAACAGCAAGCAUCUAAGAAAUCAGGRUAUACCAGGGAAGCAGCUGUAAUUGUUCGUGCUACCUGUAGAACAAGAACCAUGAGAAAGAUGAAAAUUAGGAGAAACUCAGCAGGGGAAACUCAGUUGCAUAUUGCUGCUAAGAGGGGAGAUUUGUCCUUGCUGAAGACUCUAAUAUCAUCUGGAAUUUGUGUCAAUGAGCAGGACAAUGCAGGUUGGACAGCAAUUCAUGAAGCCGCCAACAGAGGAUUUACUGAUGUGAUCUUAGAAUUACUGAAAGCAGGUGCUGAUGUUAAUAUCAGAAGUCUCUCUGGUGUUUUACCAAUACAUGAUGCUGUUGCUGGCAAUUAUUUGGAGGCAGCCAGGAUUCUGCUGCAGCAUGGAGCAAAUCCCAACGAGAGGGAUGAUUCAGGACAAAAUGCUUUGAAUCAAGCUUGUGAUGAAGAAAUGAAGGAACUGCUGAAGUCGUACGGUGCUAUGGACUCUGURCUUCCUGUUCCAACUAUCGAAGUUACUGAGGGGAAAUCAAAACGUCAUUGUUACGAUUUCUGUAAAAAUGAUGACGCARCUUUGGAACCAGAGCAUGAGAAAUACAGCAUGGAGCCUGUUGCUGCCAUACAAGAUACAGAAAAGAAGCAGGAAGAACUGUUGCUGUUUGAAUUGAGAACUUCCAAAGAUGCAGAUGUGUAUAUCCAAAGGGUGACUCAGAUUCAUGAUACUUUGAAUGAAAUACUUACAAAGCAGAAAACAGAGAGGGAUACUCUUGCUAAAAAAUACAGGGCUUCAGUGGAAUCAUUUAAAAAAGGUGCACUGAGGAAACAACUAGCUAACCUUGCUUCUAGGCAAAAGAGCCUGUUGACUGUUGCCCAAAACCAGGAAAAAUUAGUGCAGAAAAUACAAAAUUACAGGAAAACAAAGCAAAUGUCCAAUUCAUUAUCAGAAAUGCAAAUGUCAAAGUCAGUUGUUUUCCAUGGAAAUGAUACAAGACAAAGUUUAACUGCUAAUGAAAUCAUGUGUCCUGAUACAGUUACAUUUARUAUGAGUCUUGGUGCCAGUACGCCUAAUGGAAACAGAGUAGAAUCACAUGUCUCUUUAGAAAAUAGAUUUUCAACUCAGGAAUGCAUCCAGCAUCCACACAUCUAUUUGAAUGAGACAAGAACAAAUAAAGAAGCAAUUAGGGCCAAAGAGGCUUCUGGUCAUGCUCRGGCAUCUGAAAACAGGGUAAGAGAAUAUCCCUUUGACCAUAUGUCAAAGCUGACAAAAGCUACAGAAGUGAUGACAUUGCCUUCAGAACCUACUAUUUCCACUGCUGAAACAAAGCGCUCACAGCAAAAAGACAUUGAUUGUGUAGCAAUUGUUGAACAAGGAAACAAGUCUUUAAAUCCCACUUCAGUGACCAACACAUUAAAUAUUGUGGAACCCCGAAGCACUGUUGUCAAUAAGAAUCCAUGUCAGACAGCCAGUGACUGCAAGAAGGUUCUUACACAUGAAGCUCUACAUAGAUACAUGAAUAAGAAGGAAGCAUUCCAGCAGCAGCAGCAGCAGCCGCAGCAAAUAAUUUUGUUACCAUCUACAAAGAGCUUCUCUAACGGUUUGCAGCAAAUGGUCUGUCAGAGUAGUGAGAAUUCAUGUAAUGCCAACUUGGUACUUACAAAUUUUACCUCAAAUACACAUUCUCCCGUAAAUGUCAGUGAGAAAUCUUCACAGAGCUAUAGUAAUCAGGAAUGGGAACAGAAACAACUGAGGUAUGGACGGAAGAGUAAUAAAACCCCUCAGUUGAUAGACCUGCUUGAAUUGGGAAGGAUAAAACCAGGAGAAAACGUUUUAGAAUUCAAACUGCAGGAAUUCAGUCAUAAAGCUACACUCUUAAAAAAUGGCAAGAUAAGAACAAGUAAAGGUCAAAUACUGCAGAAUCCAGUUCAGUGGGUUAAAGACUUACUAGGAAGUGGUAUUUCUGUGACAUGGAAGUAUGUGUGGAAUAAGGUUACAUAUCUUGGGAAAGAAUUGUCAAAAUUUGUUGUUGACGAAGUGUCAGUUUCCAGUGAGCUAGAAUUACCAACACAGGAAGGAGAGCCUUUGGCCUCCUCUGUCCAGUUCAACUCAGUGGAAAACCUGACACAUUUUCUUCAAUUCCAUGAGAUAGUAAUGGUACAUAAAGAGGAGUUUCUAYCCUGCUCUGCAAUGGAAAAGCACUGGAGUUUCUACAAAGCGUGCAAAGAUUUUGGGUUCUAAAGACUUCUUGAGUGCUAGUAUUUUUUUCUUCACCAUCACUUAAAAGUAAAUAUUUGAGCUUUUGGAACUAAGUUCUUUGUUACUGUCAUUUUGAUAAAUCAUUUGUCCAGCACUUGGAAUGAUGGAAAGAUUGUUUGGGUAAGUGAAUAGGGAAGUACUUAGUAGCAGGUAAGGAUAACUGCCAAUAUUUAAUUUUGUGCUGCAACAUUAAGAAAUGGGGAAGUAUAUAGGACUUAUACACUAGUGCUCAUUGUGAAUUACAUACCAGGUUGAUAACUUGGUAUGGAAUUUUAAGUUUUAAUUUAAGGUUAAAGUGUCUGCCCGUGCUUGAUGGGGCACUAGAGAACCAGACAGGCAUCAACACUGAUAGUCACUUCUUACAUCUAAACCUGGAACUGCUCUGGCUGAGCAUGUGCUAUCAGAAAUGGCAGCAUGUGUUUUUGUAAUAACAUAAACUGUUACAUUAGGUGACAAAUCUAGAUGGACAGUCUUGAAAAACAUCAACAGCUUUGCUUUAUGUGGCAUGUAUAUAUAUAAACAUUUGAGAAGUGGGGCAGGUGCUUGGAGAGGUUGAAAGAGAUAUCUUAGCUAUUGGAAGUGCUUAGGAAAUUUCCAUUCAUGUUCCAGCCAAAUCUUUCUGAUGGCCAGAAAAUGUGCUGGCAUUUGACAGGAAAUGCUGUUAGCCUGUUUGUGGAACAUGAUUUUUUUCCAGGUAACAACAGUUCAUCCCAAUCUCUGGAAGAUUUCUAUUUGUUUUAAUUUUACAAUGUUUGAAUGUGCUUUAGCAGCAUAUUUGUAACACAUUUGACUGUUAUGAGAAUUAUCUGCUUUCUAGUGGCAUUCUUGCUCUUUCGUUCUUUGGACUGUAAGAGAUGGAAUAAUAGUACCUGCUACUCCUAACUUGAGUGAAUAGGAUGGGAAGUAUCUCCUGUUGAUACAUAACACCAGCAAGCUAUUUGGAGUGUGAAGAGCUCUUCUGCAAAGAUUUGAUUAAUGUCUUAAACAGAAGUUGGUUUAGGGAAGUGAGAGUAGUGUGAUAUGCAGAGAGCUAGUACUGUGCCCUAGGAUACAUGAGCAAUCACAGCGUGAUGGGCUGUAAGAAUAAAGAAAUGCAAAUGGCCUGGAAGUCAAAAAAGGUAAAAUCUGCUGAAUGACAUGUAUUUUGUAAACUUAGUUUCACACAAAAAGAAAACUGAGUGGUCUCACAACUGCAGCAGCAAAACAAACCUGAAGGCAUAUUACUUCAAAGGAAGUGCUCAUUCAAAAUACUGCACUUUCACUGAAAAUAAAACAUAUUUGACUGUUGAAAUGACCUCUGAAUUACAUGUUUGUUUGRCAUUUUUUCUUUGAU